AAAGACCAGAGUUGGAAACCUGUGUUUUAGAUGAUUUCCUGUUUACUAGGGGGUUUGCUAUACAUUCUGAUUCAUGCAUUUAAUCUAAAAUCUAUCCAUAUACUUAAACCGAGUCUGAAAUUUGUGUUAGUUGGAAUAACAUUUCAAAAAUGUAUGUUCUACAGGAAUGGAUCGAUUCUGUGCAUCAGAUAGGUUGGAAUAUUUGCAGGGGCUUGUGACAGAAUUUCAGGACACUGACAGUGAAGAAGCUAAAGAGCAAAUUCUGGCCAACCUGGCCAACUUUGCCUAUGAUCCACGUAACAUGGAAGCCUUGCGGAUGCUUCAGGUCACCGAGCUCUUCUUGGACAUGCUAACAGAGGAAAACGAGAACUUUGUGGAGUUUGGAAUUGGUGGCCUGUGUAACCUCAGCAUGGACCGCGAGUGUCGUGAUCAAAUUUUGCAAAGUGGAGGAAUUCCUUUAGUCACAGGAUGCUUAUCGAGUCACAGAGACGAGACCGUUUUGUCCGCGAUCACAACAUUAAUGAACCUUACCACAGCAGCCUCACGCUCCCAAACCACAGACAGUGCAGUAGUGCAAUGCAUGCUGCGCUUCUCACUUACACAGAAUCCUCGCCUCAGCAAUCUGGCCACAGUUUUCCUGCAGGACUACUGCACUCAGAACCAGCUAGACAAAGCCAGAGAGCUUUUACAAGGACACAGCCAGUCAGCUGUUGGAAUUCCUCUCCCCAAGGACUAGGACCUUAUGAUUUCUGUGCUGGGGUUAAUGAAGAUGGACAGUAUAAAAGCAAAAUGGACCUUGUGUAGACUUUUAUUCAACAUUAUUGUGAAGGAUGGAUUUCUCCAUAUACUGUUUUUCAGGCACUGCUUCACUGUUCAGUGCUGCAGAGCUACAACUCACAGUUUAAUGAGCUCUCUGCUCUUACACUCAUUUAUACCACAAAGGGCUUGAUGGUGAUUUAGUGUACAGAUGCAUAAAAAGGAUUUUUCCACUACAAAAAAAGUGUGUGUGUGUGUGUGUGUGUGUGUGUGUGUUAUUUGCUAAAUCAGCUCUCUCGACCAAGUUAGAUGUGGGCAUAAACAUAAACAGGACAUUUCCCCCAGUGUUUCUGUAAUAGAAGCUAAUAGCAUUUAUUUAGUUAAUUUCAUAGUUAUAAUUUAGUAAUUAAUUAUUAUUAGUUAUUAUAAUUUAUUAAUCCCAUCUGUCAGCAUCUGUCUUGAGCUCAGUUUACUGUCUGGAGUUUCACUUGUUCUCUCGGGGUUUGUGUGAGUUUCAUCCCACCUCCCAAAAGUAUAAGUCAGCCUGGCUAUGCUACAUUGCCCUUAGGAGUGAAUGUGUAUGUGAACAGUUCCCUGCAGUGGACUGGGGUCCCAGUCAGGGUGUAUUCCUGCCUCAUGCCCCGUGUUCAUAGGAUAGGCUCCAGAGCCACCGUGUCCCUGAGCAGGAUAAAGCAGUUACUGAAAAUGAAUGAAUUUAGAAAGUUUUUAGUAGGCUACUUUAGUUUAAGCCCUAAAAAGGCAAUUACUGUUACAGAAUUUUUACCAAGUGUUACGGACUUCUAUUCAGACUUGACUUAUGAAAUAUUUUAAAAUAAUAAAAUAUUUGAACAUAAGAAGACUUCAUUAGCCUACGGUAAUGUAUAAGCCUAUUAUAUAAUUUAUAUUAGCCCAGACUAAUAAUAUUUAAUUAGUCGCUCCUCAUAAACCAAU